AUGCAGAUGGAGACAGCGUUUANCUGUCAAAAGGAAGACGAAUCAAUUAAACACAUUUUCCUAGAUUGUGAUAAUGCUAAAAAUUUUUGGAAUGAUUUAGGAAUAGCAAAUAUUAUCCAUCAUAUAACAACCUCUCCAUGCACACAUACCUGGGUUCAUAAUCUGAUUAAUCAUAAGUCUUUUCAACUUCCUUUUAAUAUCAAACCUAACACUUAUUUAGCACUUAGCUUAUGGAACAUCUGGAAUACUCGUAAUAAAAACCUUCACAAUAAGGUCAGGAUUAAGAUCCUUCCAAAAAUAGUGAAUCAACAAGCCACUGAAUUUUGUUACUUAACAUCCUACAAUCAUAAGCCAAGUGCCAAAACUAAACUGCCAAAAGAUGUUAAAUGGAAUCCGCCUAAGGAACAUUUCUACAAGCUAAAUACAGAUGGUGCUUAUUCGCAACACAAGGCAGGUAUAGGAGGAGUCAUUAGGAAUUCCAAAGCUGAAUGGAUCAUGGGCUUUGCGGGUGCUGCACCAUGUCACUCUGCCAUCUUUUCAGAGCUUUAUGCAUUAGCACAAGGCCUCAGAUAUGCCUAUGAAAGGAAUCUCACACCCCUUGAAGUGGAAGUGGAUGCAAUGGACAUUAUCUCUUUACUACAUACAGAAAAUUUUGCUCUUUCUAACAUAAUAGCUGAUUGCAGGUACUAUCUGGACCGACUAGGUAAUCCUGCAGUUAAACACGCGUACAAAGGGCAAAAUGUGAUAGCAGACCAACUAGCUAAGAAGGGCGACAAGUUUGGUAAUGUACGGGCGCCAAGGGUGUUUGAAGUUGUUCCCUUUUUGGUUGCACACAUUUUGACAAUGAAAAAGGCUGCUCAAUUCAAAGCUACUUAG